AACUUCUGGCAACUGUCCAAUCUUACCGCCUUGGCCUCCAAGCCAGAUUUUCUUGAUUUUCCCCUCCCUCUUCCCCCUAUAAAUCCUCCCAGUCCUGCAUCCCUCUCCCUUCGAUUCUCCUUCCUCUCUGUCAAAGAGAGAACAUUGUGGCACAAUAAAAAGAAAAAAUCACAAGAACCUACUUGGGUCUGAUUUAUACUUAACGAAUAAUCUGAAGUAACAUUUUUUGGGGUUCCAUUUUUUGCCUGAAUUAUCGUCGACCGUUCUUCGUCAGAUUAAUUAGCGGUUGAAGGUUGUGUUGGGUUGAUUCUUGUGGUUAAAAUUUCGACUGUCUGGCAAUUAGGGAUAUUAGGAAUUUCACAUCUUCAAAUCAGAAUAUGAGCUUUCCAGUACAGCGCAACAGAAGAGAUAAUCGGUCAAGGAAUAGAACUACUAAUCCUGUUCAAGGUGCUCGACGUGAGUGGGUCCUGCGUGGUCCGGCUCCCAUUGCCACCACCGCUGCUCCCACUCCCACUACUGCCGCUAUACCUCCUACCAAUUACAGCCCUGCGGUGGCCGCUGAUGAUGUGAUUAGAAAUGGAAACAAUGGGGACCAGAAUGGCAGGUCAGUUCCACCUGCUAACAGGACCAGGAACACUUCAGGAGCCAGAGGCAUUAUGCGUCAGCAUUCGAAUCAAAGGAGGGAGCGGGAUAAAGAGAAGCAGAGGGAUUAUAGUAGAGAGGUAAAAGGGUCGAAGGAUCUGAACUUACCUUUACUUGUCCAAGAAAUUCAGGAUAAGUUGAUGAAAGGUUCUGUGGAGUGCAUGAUUUGUUAUGAUAUGGUAAGGAGGUCUGCACCAAUCUGGUCAUGUUCUAGCUGUUAUUCUAUUUUUCACUUAGCAUGUAUUAAGAAAUGGGCAAGGGCUCCUACUUCAGUCGACUUGUCAGCAGAGAAGAGUCAGGGGUUUAACUGGAGGUGCCCUGGUUGUCAAGCUGUACAGCUCAUGUCCUCGAAGGAGAUUCGGUAUGUUUGUUUUUGUGGGAAAAGGCAGGAUCCUCCUCCUGAUUUGUAUUUGACUCCCCAUUCUUGUGGAGAGCCUUGUGGCAAGGCACUUGAGAAGGAAGUUCCUGGUUCAGGUAUGGCGAAGGAGGAUCUUUGUCCUCAUCUAUGUGUCCUGCAAUGUCAUCCUGGUCCUUGUCCUCCUUGUAAAGCUUUUGCUCCGUCAAGAAGGUGCCCCUGUGGGAAGCAAGUAAUCACUACAAGAUGCUCUGAUCGAAAGUCUGUUCUUACAUGUGGACAGCGGUGUGAUAAGCUUCUUGAUUGUGGGCGUCAUCGUUGUGAGCGGACUUGCCAUGUUGGUCCUUGUGAUCCAUGUGACGUGCUGGUUAAUGCCUCGUGUUUCUGCAAGAAGAAGAUUGAGGUUGUGCUCUGUGGAGACAUGGUUGUGAAAGGAGAAAUUAGAGCAGACGAUGGUGUCUUUUCUUGUAGUUCUAUCUGUGAGAAGAAAUUGGGCUGCAGGAAUCAUUUUUGUGAUGAUAUAUGCCAUCCUGGACCGUGUGGAGAAUGUGACUUGUUGCCAAGUAAAAUUAAAACAUGCUGCUGUGGUAAAAUGAGGUUAAAAGAAGAUCGAGAGAGUUGUCUGGACCCAAUUUCAACAUGUUCACAAACCUGUGGUAAAAGCCUGCCCUGUGGGGUUCAUCAUUGUAAAGAGAUGUGUCAUACUGGAGUUUGUGCACCUUGUCCUGUUUUGGUUACUCAAAAAUGCCGCUGUGGUUCGACUUCUCGGACUGUGGAGUGCUACAGAACAACAGCAGAAAAUGAAAAUUUUACUUGUGACAGACCUUGUGGGCAGAAGAAAAAUUGUGGGAGGCACCGAUGCAGCGAGAGGUGCUGUCCUUUGUCAAAUCCAAACAAAUCCUUUUCUGGUGAUUGGGAUCCACACUUGUGCUCAAUGCCAUGUGGUAAGAAGUUAAGGUGCAGGCAGCAUUCCUGCCACUCAUUCUGUCACAGUGGCCAUUGUCCUCCCUGCCUAGAUACAAUUUUCACCGACUUGACUUGCGCUUGUGGAAGGACAUCAAUUCCUCCUCCACUGCCUUGUGGUACACCUCCUCCUUCUUGUCAGUAUCCCUGCUCAGUUCCUCAGCCUUGUGGCCAUCCAUCCACUCACAGCUGCCACCUUGGAGAUUGUCCACCCUGCACGAUACCUAUAGCAAAAGAGUGCAUUGGUGGACAUGUGGUCCUGAGGAACAUUCCUUGUGGUUCAAAGGAUAUACGAUGUAACAAACUUUGUGGUAAGACGAGGCAGUGUGGUUUGCAUGCAUGUGCUCGAACUUGUCAUCCUUCACCUUGUGAUACUCCUACUGGAACUAGUAUUGGCUCAAGAGCUUCUUGUGGGCAGCCCUGUGGUGCUCCGAGGAGGGAUUGCCGGCAUACAUGUACUGCUCUUUGUCACCCAUCUGGUUCCUGUCCUGAUGUAAGAUGUGAGUUUCCUGUUUCAAUUACAUGUUCUUGUGGGCGAAUAAAUGCUACUGUUCCUUGUGAUGCUGGAGGCAGCGGUGGUGGGUAUAGCAGCGAUACAGUUUUAGAAGCUUCUAUAGUCCAGAAGUUGCCGGCGCCUCUUCAACCUGUUGAAGGUAAUGUAAAGGUGCCACUUGGUCAGAGGAAACUGAUGUGCGAUGAUGAAUGUGCAAAGACUGAAAGAAAAAAGGUGCUUGCUGAUGCUUUUGGUGUUACAACUCCAAACUUGGAUGCACUUCACUUUGGUGAGAAUGCUGUUGUUUCUGAAGUGCUCAGUGAUCUACUACGUAGGGAACCUAAAUGGGUGCUGUCUGUGGAAGAGAGAUGCAAAUAUCUGGUUCUAGGAAGGGGCAGAGGUGGAAUUAAUGCUGUCAAAGUUCAUGUCUUUUGCCCAAUGUCAAAGGAAAAGAGAGACAUUGUCAGGUUAAUAGCCGAAAGAUGGAAACUUUCAGUAAAUGCUGCUGGUUGGGAGCCAAAAAGAUUCAUUGUUCUUCAUGUCACACCAAAGUCCAAAGCUCCCGCUCGCAUACUUGGUCUGAAGGGCUGUCUUGCCAGUAACAUGUUGCAGCCACCAGUUUUCGAUCCUCUGGUAGACAUGGAUCCCAGGCUUGUUGUUGCUCUAUUUGAUUUGCCUAGGGAUGCCGACAUUAGCGCAUUGGUUCUGAGGUUUGGUGGUGAAUGUGAGCUGGUCUGGCUGAAUGACAAGAAUGCUUUGGCUGUUUUUAGUGAUCCUGCCCGAGCAGCAACUGCCAUGAGGAGAUUGGAUCAAGGUUCAUUGUAUUAUGGUGCUGUUGUAGUUCCUCACCAUGGUGGAGCAUCAGCUGCAGCCGUAGCAGCUGCAGCUGCAGCCAAUGCUUGGGGAGCGACGGGACCAUCCAAGGAUGGUGGUGCAGUUACAGCUCUCAAGACGAAUCCUUGGAAGAAAGCUGUAAUGCAGGAACCUGAUGGGAGGGAGAGUUCAUGGGGUGCUGAGGACUGGUCAGAUAAUUCUGUUGAUGUGCACUCAUCCAUUCGGAAAGGAAAUGAAGUUCCGAUAUCUGCCACAAACAGAUGGAGUGUUCUAGGUUCUGAAAAUAGUUCGUCUACAUCAUCUGGCAGGAAUGACGAUUCUAGGAACAAGCCAGGAACUCCUCUAGUUUCCAGUGUUAAGCCGAGUUCAAGUAGUUCAGUUCUGCCUGGACAACCACAAGGAGCAGGGCUCAAUGAGAUCUCUGAUGUAGUGGACGAUUGGGAGAAGGCAUACGAUUGAGAAAGACCUUUAAUUCAUCAACUCUUCAAGCAUUCAGAGAGCAGCAAGAGUCAUAUAGUCGCUCCUGUAUAUUCUUUUUUUCAUUUGUUUUGUUUUGAAAUGCAAUUUUGGUGGUUGUGUUUUAUUUUGCUUGUUUAAUACACAACCUAUAUAUGUAUAAUCCCUUUCUCCUCCUUCUUAAGAAUGCCCAGAAAAAAUGGGAAUGUAAAAAUCACAGAAGGAAGCAUCUGCUUUGGUGGAAUGCUGCUUGUGGGAAUGCUCAUAGAAGUGCAUUCUAAAUGAAUGACUUAGUUGUCAAAUAUUUUCACGUUUAAACAUGCUUUGCAGAUUGUUACAGACAUCUGCUUUCCCCUCCUGCUCUUUGAGGAACCUUGCAAGUAUUCCUUGUGUAAUGUCUUGCCCCACUUGUUUGUUUCUUUUUUUUUUUUUCCCCACUGAGUGUUUCUCUUUCUUUUGAUGUCUGUAUGGUGUUUGACUAUUGAGCCCCAGGAUAGGUGGAUCUAAUAUGUACGUCAGAAGCAAAGCCAGUACUCUAGCUGGACCAGUUAAUGAUCCUGCUAAGCUUCCCAUGUGGAACUAUGAUUGGUCAAGCACUGGUCAAACCCCUGGUGAAGAUAGGGAAGUGGUCUUAUAAUAUGUUGUUUCUUUUAACUGUGUUGUUUUAAUACUUCAGUACUUUUUUGUUGUCCUUUUUAUUUUCGCUUUUAUUUUUUUAUUUUAUUUGCAAGAGACUUACUAAUACGUUUCUUUUUUUUUUUUUUUUUAAUUUGGUGCCAAAAUAUAGUCCUCAGGCAAUAUUUAACGAUCCAUUCAGGAGGGGCAAUAACAUUUUUGUGAGGGCCUUUUUAUCUAUCCUGCUGGGGAACCUAUUCUAACAAACGAGAAGCAAAAUGCUGCAAAGAUAUUUAGCAGUUCUGAAGUUGUUGCCGAGGAACCUUGGCAUGGAAUCGAGCAAGAGUACACCUUGCUGCAGAAGGAAGUUAAAUGGCCUAUUGGAUGGCCAGUCGGAGGGUAUCCUGGACCGCAGGGCUGGAGCUGACAAGGCUUAUCGUGACAUUGUUGACUCACAUUAUAAAGCUCGUCUCUAUGCUGGCAUUAACAUAAGUGGUAUCAAUGGAGAAGUUAUACCAGGCCAGUAUAUCUCAUGGAUUCACAAUUUUUUUUUCCUGGUAGUGGGCUAGCUUGUGAAAGAAUUACCUGCUUUUCAUGAUUUGAAACUAGAAAAUGUUAAUCAUGCUUGUGGCUGAAAAGUAUAAAACUCUUCUUUUUGCAUAGUGGGAAUUCCAAGUUGGUCUGCUGUCAGCAUCGCUGCUGGCGAUGAGCUUUGGAUGGCUCGCUACAUUCUAGAGUCUUUUUCCCAGUUGACAGAGGAUAACUGAAAUUGCUGGAGUGAUCCUCUCAUUUGAUCCAAAACCUAUUCUGGAUAGAAUCUAUUCUGGAUAGAAUCAUGCGCUCUAUAGAUCUGCCUUUUCACCAGUUUUAGCAUCUUGUCAGAUUAUUGUAGCCAUGAUGUUAUAUCAUAGAGCUGCUUGUUUUGGACCACUUAUCCAUUCUCAGUUGGGAACAUAAUUUUUUUUUUUUUUAAAAUUUGGUAGGAUGAUUGGACUGUUGCUCAUACUAAUCACAGGUUGAAUUUUGAACUCCUUUUCUUUUGUCAGUUAUUCCCUGGAUAUUUAUUGCAAGACGGUUAAACUCAUUUUAUAAGUUGCAUAUCUUCUUUAAGAUGCAAUACUAGCCUGUAGGUAAAACAUUAUUGACGUUGCUAUCAGCACCAAGUCAGUGAGAAGCAAUGGAGGAUUCAAUGUUACAAGGAAGGCUAUUGAAAAGCUUAAAUUUAGGCACAAGGAUCAUAUUGUGCUUAUGGAGAGGACAAUGAACAUCGUCUUACUGGGAAGCAUGAAACAGCAGACAUUAACACCUUCUCAUGGUCAUUCAAACUGCUGAUACCCUUGUGCAUACAACUGAUUCACAUGGUGUAGCAAAUCGUGGAGCCUCUGUAAGGGUUGGCAGGGAAACAGAGAAGGGUGGCACUGGUUAUUUUGAAAGACAGGAGGCCUGCUUCAAACAUGGAUCUUUGUGUUGUUACUUCUAUGGUUGCAGAAACAACCAUUCUGUGGAAGCCAUGAGGCUUACAGCCAUUUUUUGCGCAUUAUGGAUUAUUUGCAUUCUUGACCGCUGGAGUCAUUUAGAUGAAGUGUACUCUCUUAUCAUUCUUAUUUAUCAGCAUCAUUAUCCUUGUGUAUGCCAAUAAGAUUGUUCUUUCUUUUAUAAGAUUUCUUUGCCUCUCUCCAGCUUUUGCUAUUCAAAUCAGAGGCAUGGCUGUGGGCCUCAUGGCAUCUAGAAAAUAAUCAUAUGUACUGGUAUCAAGACCUCAGUAUGCAUAGAAGUGCAGAUCUUGCCUUCAUUCACCACUGUUCAACCCAUUGGUAAGCACAACGAGUAGGAAUCUGCAUUAUGGAGCGUUGCUUUACUGAUGCUGACUGUAUUGUCUUUCUGUGGGAUGUUGGUUCAUGUGUCAUGUGGUCGAUGCCUUGUAUAAGAGCAACUGAUGAUUGUGUAAGUGCUAAUAAAGCAAUAGAACAUUGAAGGCAUGCUGUCA